AUGAAGGAAGAACUGAAUAGAAGAAUGAGAGCAGCAUGGGCAGCAUUCGCAUCCGACAGGGAAGCUACGGACCAACUGACGGACCAAGAUCUUCGUGCCCGUCUGUUCGACUUGACAGUUCUUCCAGCGCUCUGUUACGCAGCGGAGACGUGGGCAGACACCGCUGCCACGUCUAGGAAGCUACUUACUACCCACAGAGCCCUUGAGAGAUGUUUCCUGAAGUUUAACCGGUGCACACAACACCUAGCCGGUCUUCGCAGCUCCGAUCUAAGAGGAAUGUCCUGUCCUGGCGAUGCAGCGGAAUAUAUCGAAAGCAAACCACAGAUGGGAGAUGCUAAACGCCCUCGAGGGAGAGCGCCAACGAGAUGGGGUGACGUGUUCGCUACACGGAUGGACCACCUGAGAGCUCAGCUGGAUACGGCUCAAGGACGUCGUCAACGUCACUCACGAAACUUGAGAACAUCUUGGAUGACAAUGACGAGGGAACGAAACGAAUUCUGCCUGACGCAGCCUCAAAACUCGUAUUCGCAAAGCGAUACACUAGUAGUAAUCUACAGGGGAACGUCGGGUAGCUCCUUCACAUUGAAAUACAGAUAUGACCCACCCGAUGUGGUCGUCACGACGCCGAUCACAACAUCUAGUACUACAACUACCACCUCCUCUACAACCACUACCACUACAAGAACGACUCCUUCUACAACCACGUCUACUCAGCCAAUAACCGUUGGAACACCAUCCUCCAGCGGAUGCACACCAUGGAGUGAAUGCUCGGCCCCUUGUGGUGGUUGCGGUGUGUAUUCGAGAACGUGCAAUGGUGUUGUUGAAAGGAGCUACUGCAACAAAAAUCCAUGCAAGUUCAACUUCUGCUGCAGACCCUUCCUCUAUGUGAACCAAGGCUUCUGUUUCCACCCCUACAGUGAUGAUCAUAUCAUUAAAAAUGCCGAGAAAGGAACAAAAGCAUUCUUCUAUGACAGAGUUGGUGAGAAUAUUGCCACUGAAGGAAGCGGAGAAGUCAUACCUUAA